AUCGCUUUAGACAACCGAAUAAAAUUUAUCCAAGGCAUGUUCUUACUAACUACCCCGUCGUACGCGCUCAUCGUUUUCACCAGGAACUUAACUCUGGAACCUGAAGAAAGGGAAUUCGUCUUCAAGCUGUGGGAUCCACUCCAGUACUUUCUCGACAAAGAAUAUUACUACUUCAGCCGCUUGGUCUACGAAGUGACCCUCUUCACCUACGCAUUGUUCACUAUCGGUUCUGUUUACCUUGUGUAUUUCGUUCCAUGCUUCAUGGCGGCCGCCCAGAUGAAAUUUCUGAUGAAGAUGUUGUCAUCGAAGCACUUGGAUGUCACCGUUUGUAUCAAGUUUCACCAAAAGAUUCUGAGAUUUGUUAGAAAUAUAAACAGUCUCUUCUCUGGGCAAAUGUUCUUCGAAAUAGUCUUGUCAGCUUUGCCGAUCACGUUUCGUAGCUAUCAAUUGAUUAUGAUGUUGACAAAUUACGAUCCUAGAGCUGUCGGUGUCUUCUUCUUCUUGAUAUUGUGUUUCUUGGUUCCUCUACUCGUCUGUUUUUCUGGGCAAAUGAUAUCUGAUGCAAGUGAAGAUUUGUUUAUUGGAACAUAUCAGAACGAAUGGUACAGAUUAAAUGUUCAAGAAAGAAAAUCUCUGUGCAUAAUGAUGACUAUAGCAUCCAUUCCUCUCAACCUCUGUUAUAGGAACACAAUGACUUUCAAUAUGGACAGAUAUAUGACCGUAGUGCAAGCUACGUACUCAUAUAUAACUGUGCUUAUAAACUAUAAUUAGACAUUCAAUACUGG